AUGCCCUCGGAAUGGGAUCGGCCCCAUAUGCGUUGGACACUUCGGCUCGAAUAUGUUCUAUCCGAUCGAACUGCCCUCGAUGCUUUCCGAGACUGGCUUGGCGCCAAUUCGAAUCCUCAGCCCCUGGAGUUGCACUUCGCAGUACUUGCGUACGAUCGAAUGUCAGCACAACGAAACGCCCAAACAGCUGAAUUGGCUCGAUCGAUCUACCAAAAAUAUAUAUCCCUUCGAACGGCUUCCGCUUGUUUUAACUUUAUUCCUCACAAAAUUCGGCAAGAGAUUGGUAUACGCCUGAAAUCCACUGGCUCAGGUUUUCCUGAUCCUAGACUGUUCGCUGGUGUACUACCAUACCUUGACUCAUUCCUA